AUGACAUCGCAAGCAGUGAAAGAGGUUCUCCUUGUGGGAUUUGGCGCGGUGGGCGCGGUCUAUUCACUCAUCCUGAAACGGAGCGGCCGAGCCCGCGUAACAGUCAUUGCGAGAAGCAACUAUGACACCGUCAAUGCACAGGGCGUGGAAUUUCAAAGUGGCAAAUACGGCGAUAUCAAGGGGUGGAAGCCGGAUCGCCUGUUUCAAUCUGUCGCAGAAGCGUUGGAUCGUCCAUACUCAUAUGUUGUCGUCACAACAAAGGCUAUUCCAGAACUUGUCAGGACACCGACACUCCUUGCACCAUUCCUGUCUCCACCUUACUCGGACACAUAUCCUCAGCCGACGUACGUCCUCAUGCAGAACGGACUCAAUGUGGAAGUGGACUUGUAUCGGGUCCUCAAGAAGCUCAAGCGGACGGAGGAGCCCAGAAUCAUCAGCACGGCUGUCUGGAUUGGAUCGCGUAUGAUAGGCAGCAAUGUCAUAGAACACAACGAUUUUGACCGCGUUUCGCUGGGUGUCUAUCGUCCCUCGACAACCAACUCGACAAAUACCCCCGAAGAAUCCGUUGUACUGUCAGAGUUCUCCGACAUCCUCACAGCAGGCGGAAGUGAGACGACCAUCGUUCCUGAGAUUCAGCGCGUCAAGUUUGGCAAGAACUUUUGGAACGCCAUCUUCGGCAUAUCGAGCGCACUCGUACAGUACCCGCUCCCCGCCAUUUUCCGUCCGCCUCACCUCGACCCAGAUGCCUCACAAGAUGGUCAUCUACUCGAGCACACGCCUCCCCUUGACGUACCUGAGACCCCCUCCAUGGCAGCGACAGCCUCCGUACCAAGCGCGUCGCCAGCCAUAGGUGCAUACACCAUACCGUUCUUGUACGAUGCAUUAACCGAGAUGUACAACCUUGGGGUGGUACUAUUCCCGCCCUCUGAGGGAAGUCCUGGACUGAACCCGGACAUUGCCAUUAAGACACUCAUGAACACGUCCAAGCUUCACGUGCGGCCAGACAGCGUGCACAGACCAAGCACACUUGUUGACGUGGAACUAGGGCGCCCGAUGGAGAUCGAGGUCAUCCUUGGCGAGGUAGUGAGGAUGGGCCGCGAGAAAGGCGUAGACAUGCCUCGACUCGAGACACUCUAUGCCCUACUGCUUAUCGCCCAAAACCAGUUGUUGCGCCAGCACCACGAAAAGAAGGCGUCGCUUUGA